GCAUGCCAGCUCUCAUCAAAGUCAAGAUGACAGAAUCUCUCCCACGAGUGCUUACGCGGUUCCAGAACCACACCUCCGCUGAUUUUGCCAUUCUUUUCCAGUGUUUUUCCAGAUGAACUAAACCCGGUUGAAGUGUAAGGCCCCGGGGGGUGGGGGGUGCGGCUCUAUGGGUCCCGUUGUUGGAAUGAUUCUCUCCCUAACAUUUUCCAGCUCUCCACUCAUUUCCUCUCCCCUCUCCUCACAGUCGGAGGACACUCCGAGGGGGCUCAUUAUGGGAUCAGAAGUAAGCAAAAUAAAAGGGAAGACCGACAGAGUGUGUCCGAGGGUUCAGGUGGUGCUAUGUGAUUAGACAGGACUCUAUUGCGGUGUUGUGGAUAUGUUGCUGGGUUACUGCUCAGGGAGCAUGGAGUGUUGGCAAAUUGGACGGACAUGGAAGUCAUUGUUUGGUCAACUUUGGAAGGUGUGCUAGUGGGCACUCCCAUUCAAGCAGCAGUCACGAUGGUGGCCCUGUCGCUGAAGAUUUGCGUGCGACAGUGCAAUGUGGUCAAGACGAUGCAGUUUGAGCCCUCAACUCCGGUUUACGACGCCUGCCGGAUUAUUAGAGAGCGAGUUCCAGAGGCCCAAAGUGGACAAGCAUCCGAUUACGGACUCUUCCUGUCCGAUGAUGACCCCAGGAAAGGAAUCUGGUUGGAAUCAGGGCGGACCCUUGAUUACUACAUGCUGCGGAAUGGGGACGUCCUGGAGUACAAGAAAAAACAGAGACCUCAGAAGAUCAAAAUGCUGGAUGGUACAAUCAAAACCAUAAUGGUGGAUGACUCCAAAACAGUAGGGGAGCUGUUGGUCACCAUCUGCAGUAGGAUAGGAAUCACUAAUUAUGAGGAGUACUCACUCAUCCAAGAGCAGGUGGAGGAGAAGCGUGAGGAUGGAAUGGGAACGCUGAAGAAAGACCGAACCCUCCUGCGAGACGAGAGGAAGAUGGAGAAGCUGAAAGCCAAACUCCACACAGAUGAUGAUUUGAACUGGCUGGACCACAGUCGGACGUUUCGGGAGCAGGGUGUAGAGGAGAGCGAGAUACUACUACUACGAAGGAAAUUCUUUUAUUCUGACCAGAAUGUAGACUCUCGUGAUCCUGUCCAGCUCAACCUGCUCUUCGUACAGUCCAGAGAUGACAUUCUGAACGGAUCCCACCCCGUGUCCUUUGAUAAGGCCUGCGAGUUCGCUGGAAUUCAGGCACAGAUCCAAUUCGGUCCCCACGUGGAGCACAAACACAAGCCAGGAUUUUUAGACCUGAAGGAGUUCCUACCAAAAGAGUACAUCAAACAGAGGGGGGCGGAGAAGAAAAUUUUUCAGGAUCACAAAAGCUGCGGUGAGAUGAUGGAGAUCGAGGCAAAAGUGAAGUAUGUGAAGCUUGCCAGGUCCCUUCGUACAUACGGAGUGUCAUUUUUCCUGGUGAAGGAAAAGAUGAAAAGCAAGAAUAAGUUGGUCCCGCGUUUACUGGGCAUUACCAAAGAGUCAGUGAUGAGGGUGGAUGAGAAGACCAAAGAGGUGGUGCAGGAGUGGCCCCUCACCACAGUCAAGAGGUGGGCGGCUUCACCCAAGAGCUUCACACUGGAUUUCGGUGAGUACCAGGAGAGCUAUUACUCUGUCCAGACCACAGAAGGGGAGCAGAUCUCUCAACUCAUCGCUGGAUACAUUGACAUCAUCCUUAAGAAAAAACAGAGUAAAGAUCGGUUUGGUUUGGAUGGUGAUGAGGAAUCCACCAUGCUGGAAGAAUCUGUAUCCCCGAAAAAGUCCACCAUCCUCCAGCAGCAGUUUAAUCGGGUGGGUCGAAUCGAGCACGGGUCGGUGGCGCUGCCUGGGAUCAUGCGCUCGGGGUCAAUAGGAGGGCCUGACACCUUCAACACGGGCACCAUGCCCUCGGCUCAACAGCAGAUCACCAUGGGACAGAUGCACAGAGGACACAUGCCCCCUCUGAGUCUGGCCCAGCAAGCACUGAUGGGAACUAUCAACACCAGUAUGCAGGCUGUCCAGCAGGCACAAGCUGACCUGGGAGAGGUAGACAAUCUUCCACCACUGGGACAAGACAUGGCAUCCAGAAUGUGGGUUCAGAACAAGGUGGACGAAUCCAAACACGAGAUUCACUCACAGGUGGACGCCAUCACGGCUGGAACCGCGUCGGUGGUCAACCUCACUGCCGGCGACCCUACAGACACGGAUUACACCGCUGUGGGCUGCGCCAUCACCACCAUCUCCUCCAACCUGACCGAGAUGUCCAAAGGGGUGAAGCUCCUGGCGGCUCUGAUGGAGGACGAGGUGGGCAGCGGGCAGAAUUUAAUGGGGGCAGCCCGGACCCUCACGGGGGCUGUUUCUGACCUGCUCAGAGCCGUGGAACCAGCUUCUGGAGAGCCCAGACAGACGGUGUUGACGGCGGCGGGCAGCAUCGGCCAGGCCAGCGGAGAUCUUUUGAAACAAAUGGGAGAAGGAGAAACUGACGAGAGAUUCCAGGACAUUAUGAUGAACCUGGCUAAAGCCGUAGCUAACGCUGCUGCCAUGCUAGUGCUGAAAGCCAAGAACGUGGCGCAGGUGGCCGAGGACACGGCGCUGCAGAACCGAGUCAUUACCGCCGCCACGCAGUGCGCGCUCUCCACCUCACAGCUGGUGGCCUGUACAAAGGUGGUGAGCCCCACCAUCUCCUCCCCGGUGUGUCAGGAGCAGCUGGUGGAGGCAGGACGUCUGGUGGAGCGGUCGGUGGAGGGCUGUGUGAAGGCGUGUCAUGCCGCCUCCGAGGAGGGCGAGCCACUCCGACAGGUGAACAUGGCGGCUGGUGCGGUCAGCCAGGCUCUCAGUGACCUGCUGCAGCACGUGCGCCACUACGCCAGCUGCGGCGAACCAAUCGGACGCUACGACCAGGCCACUGACACCAUCAUGACCGUAACGGAGAACAUUUUCACCUCAAUGGGGGAUGCAGGUGAAAUGGUAAGACAGGCGCGGGUUCUGGCCCAGGCCACCUCAGACUUGGUGAAUGCGAUGCGUUCUGACGCCGAGGCUGAAAUCGAUGUGGAUAAUUCCAAGAAACUGCUCGCGGCUGCCAAGCUGUUGGCUGAUGCCACUGCCAGAAUGGUGGAAGCUGCAAAGGGUGCUGCUGCAUACCCAGAAAACGAAGACCAGCAGCAGAGGUUACGAGAGGCUGCUGAAGGGUUACGGGUCGCCACCAACGCAGCCGCUCAGAACGCCAUCAAAAAGAAACUCAUUCACCGACUGGAGAAUGCAGCUAAGCAGGCCGCAGCCGCAGCUACACAAACCAUUGCCGCCGCCCAGAACGCAGCUGCAUCCAAUAAGAACACCAUGUCACAUCAGCAGCUCGUGCUCAGCUGCAAGGCCGUUGCUGACCAUAUCCCACAACUAGUGCAAGGAAUGAGGGGCAGUCAGGCCCACCCAGAAGAUCUUGGUGCCCAACUCGCCCUUAUCAUCGCCAGCCAGAGUUUCCUGCAGCCGGGAAGUAAAAUGGUGACGUCUUCUAAAGCGGCCGUUCCGACAGUAACUGACCAGGCGGCUGCGAUGCAACUCGGUCAGUGUGCCAAGAACCUGGCCACCUGCCUGGCAGAGCUGCGCACAGCUGCACAGAAGGCUCAUGAGGCAUGCGGUCCUUUAGAGAUCGACUCUGCUCUCAGCGCUGUUCAAACUCUUAAGAGUGAACUACAAGAUGCCAAAAUGGCCACACUGGAAGGACAACUCAAACCACUUCCGGGAGAAUCGUUGGAGAAGUGUGCUCAGGAUCUGGGAAGUAUGUCUAAAGCUGUGGGCUCCUCCAUGGCCCAGUUAUUGACCUGCGCCGCCCAGGGCAACGAACAUUAUACUGGUGUGGCAGCAAGGGAAACUGCUCAAGCUCUGAGGACGUUGGCCCAGGCCGCGAGGGGAGUGGCAGCAAGUACUGUGGAGCCCCAAGCUGCAGCAGCCAUGCUGGACUCGGCCUGUCACGUGAUGGAGGGCUCGACCAUGCUUAUCCACGAAGCCCACCAAGCCUUAGUGUGCCCUGGUGAUGCUGAGAGCCAGCAGAGAUUAGCACAGGUGGCGAAGGCUGUCUCUCACUCCCUCAAUAACUGUGUGAACUGCUUACCUGGACAGAAGGAUGUGGACAUGGCUCUCAGGAGCAUUGGCGAGGCCAGUAAGAAAUUGCUUGUGGAAAAUCUUCCUCCAUGCUCCAAAUCCUUCCAAGAGGCCCAGACGGACCUGAACCACACGGCAGCGGAGCUCAAUCAUUCAGCCGGAGAUGUGGUGCAGUCUUCACGUGGGAGCAGCAGCCAGCUGGCUGUGGCUUCUGGGAAGUUCAGCCAAGACUUUGAUGAGUUUUUAGAUGCCGGCAUCGAGAUGGCCGGACACACUCAGUCCAAAGAUGACCAGAUCCAGGUUAUUGGCAACCUGAAGAACAUCUCUAUGGCAUCCAGCAAGCUGCUGUUGGCUGCCAAGUCCCUCUCCGUAGAUCCAGGGGCGGCAAAUGCCAAGAACCUCCUCGCAGCUGCGGCACGAGCGGUCACAGAGAGCAUUAAUCAACUCAUCACACUGUGUACCCAGCAGGCACCAGGACAAAAAGAGUGUGAUAAUGCUCUGCGGGAACUCGAGGCUGUUCGAGGAAUGUUGGACAAUCCCAAUGAGCCGGUCAGCGAUCUCUCUUAUUUUGACUGCAUUGAGAGCGUCAUGGAGAACUCCAAGGUUCUCGGGGAAUCCAUGGCUGGAAUCUCACAGCACUGUAAGACGGGAAACGUGCCAGCGUUUGGGGAUUGUGUGGGUGUGGCGUCCAAAGCGCUGUGUGGGCUGACUGAGGCAGCGGGACAGGCCUCUUAUUUGGUAGGAGUCUCAGACCCAAACAGCCAGUCAGGUCAUCAGGGAUUGGUCGAUCCCAUCCAGUUCGCCAGAGCCAAUCAGGCGAUUCAGAUGGCCUGCCAGAAUCUGGUGGACCCGGCCAGCAGCCCAUCCCAGGUUUUGUCAGCAGCUACCAUUGUUGCAAAGCACACCUCAGCUCUCUGCAACGCCUGUCGUCUGGCAUCUUCCAAAACAGCCAAUCCCGUAGCCCGGAGACAUUUCGUGCAGUCAGCCAAAGAGGUCGCCAAUACCACAGCUAACCUUGUCAAAACUAUAAAGGCCUUGGACGGGGAUUUCUCAGAUGAGAACCGCGAGAGAUGCCGAGUGGCCACGGCCCCGCUGAUAGAAGCUGUGGAUAAUCUCUCCACCUUUGCCUCCAACCCUGAGUUUGCCAGCAUUCCUGCGCAGAUAAGCCACGAGGGUUCAGCAUCCCAGGAGCCGAUCCUUCGCUCCGCCCGUUCAAUGCUGGACAGCUCCACCCACUUAUUAGAGACCGCCCGCUCUCUCGUCCUGAACCCCAAAGACCCGCCCACCUGGUCCAUCCUGGCAGGACAUUCCCGCACCGUGUCGGACUCCAUCAAGAGCCUCAUCACGUCCAUCAGGGACAAGGCCCCUGGGCAGCGGGAGUGUGACCAGUCCAUCGACGGCAUCAACAAGAGCAUCAGAGACAUCGAGCAGGUGUCCCUCGCCGCCGUGAGUCAGAGUCUGCCCCGCAGAGACGACAUCUCGCUGGAGGCUUUGCAGGAGCAGCUGACGUCCGCCGUGCAGGAGAUCGGACACCUCAUCGACCCCAUCUCCACUGCAGCACGAGGGGAAGCGGCUCAGCUCGGACACAAGGUGACUCAGUUAGCGAGCUACUUUGAGCCAGUGAUUGUGGCGUCGGUGGGAUUGGCGUCUAAACAUGCCGACCACCAGCAGCAGAUGAACAUACUGGAUCAAACCAAAACCCUGUUUGAAUCUGCUCUACAGAUGCUCUACGCUGCCAAAGAGGGAGGAGGAAACCCUAAGGCGACCCACACUCAUGAUGCAAUAGCUGAAGCGGCCCAGUUGAUGAAGGAGGCCGUCGAUGACAUCAUGGUGACCUUAAACGAGGCGGCCAGUGAGGGAGGGAUGGUGGGCGGCAUGGUGGAGUCCAUCGCUGAGUCCAUCGGACGGAUGGAUGAAGGAACUCCGCCAGAGCCUGAUGGCACUUUUGUGGAUUUCCAGACCACCAUGGUGAAGUUUUCAAAAGCCAUCGCCAUUACUGCGCAGGAAAUGAUGACGAAGUCCGUGACCUGUCCGGAGGAGCUGGGUGGACUGGCGUCUCAGGUGAUGGUGGAUUACAGCCAGCUGGCACAACAAGGCCGUCUGGCAGCUGCCACUGCUGAGCUAGAGGAGGUGGGAUCUCAGAUCAAGACUCGGGUGCAGGAGUUGGGUCACGGCUGCAUCUAUCUGGUCCAGAAGGCCGGAGCCCUGCAGAUGAGCCCGACAGACAGUUUCAGCAAGAGAGAGCUGAUCGAGUACGCCCGCGCCGUCACAGAGAAGGUGUCCAUGGUGUUGUCAGCCCUGCAGGCUGGUAAUAAAGGAACGCAGGCCUGUAUAACUGCAGCCAGUUCCGUCUCCGGCAUCAUCGCUGAUCUGGACACCACCAUUAUGUUCGCCUCUGCUGGUACACUAAAUGCAGAGAACGAAGAGUCUUUUGCAGAUCACAGAGAGAACAUAUUGAAAACCGCUAAAGCUUUGGUUGAAGACACCAAGCUGCUUGUGUCUGGUGCCGCAUCGAGCCAGGACAAACUAGCCCAGGCGGCCCAGUCCUCUGCCAAAACCAUCACACAGCUCACUGAUGUGGUCAAACUUGGCGCUGCGAGCAUGGGCUCGGAGGACCCAGAGACACAGGUGGUACUGAUAAACGCUGUCAGAGAUGUCGCUAAAGCUUUGGCUGAGCUGAUUAGUGCCACUAAAUGUGCCGCAGGCAAGGCAGCAGAUGAUCCGUCCAUGUAUCAGCUGAAAAGUGCUGCCAAGGUGAUGGUAACGAACGUGACCUCUCUGCUGAAAACUGUGAAAGCGGUGGAAGAUGAAGCCACUCGCGGGACGAGGGCUCUUGAAGCCACUAUUGAGUGCAUCAAACAGGAACUCACUGUUUUCCAAUCCAAGGACGUUCCGGAGAAGUCUACCACCCCAGAAGAGUUCAUCCGCAUGACGAAGGGCAUCACCGUUGCAACGGCCAAAGCGGUGGCAGCAGGCAACUCUGCUCAGCAGGAGGACGUGAUCUCCACUGCCAACCUGAGCCGCAAAGCCAUCUCCGACAUGCUGACCACCUGCAAGCAAGCUGCGUACCACCCAGAAGUGGGCAAGGAUGUGAGGAAUAAAGCUCUGCUCUACGGCAUCGAGUGCACCACCGGAUACAUCGACUUGCUCGAACACGUCCUGCUUGUCCUGCAGAAACCCACGGCUGAACAGAAACAGCAGUUGGCCGUACUGUCCAAGAAAGUGGCGGGCUCAGUCACAGAGCUCAUCCAGACUGCUGAAGCCAUGAAAGAUGGAGGUUCAGAGUGGGUGGACCCAGAAGACCCCACGGUGAUAGCGGAGACGGAGCUCUUGGGUGCUGCUGCAUCCAUCGAGGCCGCGGCCAAGAAACUGGAGCAGCUGAAGCCCAGAACCAAACCAAAGCAAGCCGAUGAGUCUCUGGACUUUGAGGAGCAGAUCCUGGAAGCGGCGAAAUCCAUCGCUGCAGCAACCAGCGCUCUGGUCAAAUCUGCAUCGGCCGCUCAGAGAGAGCUCGUAGACCAGGGCAAGGUGGGCUCCAUCCCUGCCAAUGCAGUAGAUGACGGCCAGUGGUCCCAGGGUCUAAUAUCAGCAGCUCGGAUGGUUGCAGCUGCCACUAGUAACCUGUGUGAGGCUGCCAACGCUUCAGUCCAGGGUCACGCCAGCGAGGAGAAGCUCAUUUCCUCUGCCAAACAGGUGGCGGCUUCCACCGCUCAACUGCUGGUGGCCUGUAAAGUCAAAGCCAACCAGGACUCCGAGGCCAUGAGGAGAUUACAGGCAGCUGGUAAUGCAGUCAAGAGAGCAUCUGACAACCUGGUGAAGGCAGCGCAGAAAGCAGCCUUCGAUAAAGCCGAAGACAACAGUGUCGUGGUUAAAACCAAAUUCGUAGGUGGAAUCGCUCAGAUCAUUGCAGCACAGGAGGAGAUGCUCAGAAAGGAGAGGGAGUUAGAAGAAGCCCGGAAGAAACUCGCCCACAUCCGACAGCAGCAAUACAAGUUCCUGCCCAGCGAACUGCGAGAAGACCAGAGCUGAACACGCCUCGUCUGAUUGGACGUGAUAUCCAUCAGAUCAUGAUUGGCACGGAUGAUUGGCUGCUCCUUAUAUGCAGAGCUAGAGAUGUCACAUGGUUGUGCAACUGUCAGGUGACUUGUUAAAGUUAAAUGUGAUUGGCUCACAUGGGACUAGCGCCACUGAUUGGCUGUAUGUUGGGGUAUGAAUGGAUUUCCUCUUACAUAGGGCUAAUAUUUUUUCUUGUUUUGAAUCCUGUAUUAAGGUGUAAAGCACUUGUUAGAGGUUUGUUUGAGCGUGUGUGUAUUAAGUAUCAAUAGUAUGCCACACAUUGGCGAUAGCUUACCGCAAGAAUCUCGAUAGCUAAUCCUUCACAAUGUCAGUGUGUCAUGUUUUAUAAUGCAACCAAUGUGAAACCAUUAAUAUCUGAAGCUGGCAGCCGAAAACCAGACUAAAUGUGCUUCAUGUAUGAUGUCAGACCAUUAGCUUUCAUUAUGCGCUCGCGUGACAAUAAGCUUCAGACGGCUCUAGAAUGCACUGCUCGACUCAUACUUAUCCCACUCUAGAACUGGAUUAUGUUAGCAAGGUUAUGAAAUCUAGUUAGUUAUAAGGAAAGAAUGUACUGGUGUGCUUUGUCGUGUUAUUUAUUCUUAGCAGAACUUUUUUAGAGGAGCUUCCAGCUUCUGUUUUUGUUUGUAGAAGGAAGUGUCAUCUCUUUCAGUCUUUUAAAUUCAUGCAAAUGGUUUCAUUUUGUCGUCUCUUCAUACCUCAGCUGUAGCCUAGAUUGUAAGGUUUCCCAUGAUUCCUCUGGGUGUGUCUAAACUUAGUCAGGUGGACAGGAAUGGGGUUGGAUAUGUUUGGAAUAACAUGCUACCAUACUACUCAUACACUUUCAACAGAUACAUACUUUGCACAGUAUGCCAAUAUAACACAUUACAAUAACCAGAUGAAAUACGGUAUCCUACAAGGAAAUUACAAUGGUCUCUUUUUUUUUCACCCAAUAUUUUUUUUUUACAAAAUUGCAUGAAAAUGCAAAGAUAUUAUAGGAACAUUAUAUCCCACAAUACAAUGCGCUUUUUUUCUUUGUAAUAAAUGCUAAAGUAAUACAAGCCUCAAUUUUGCCUGAUUUCAAAUUGACAUAUUACAUAUCUUUUAAAUGCAUUAAAAUGUUAUUAAAAAAAAAAACUUUACAGAAUAUUUGAAAAAAUAGAAACAUGUGCAUAAUAAUUAGGUCAUGUUUCAACAAUAUAACAUGCUGCACUUUGCACAGUAAGCUAAUUUUCUUUAUUGAAAUAACCAGACGACCUACUAUUUUUGCUCAAAUGCAGCAUGGUGAAACAGUACACUGUGUGGAACACUAUAAUCCCACAAUACAGUGCGCUCAAAUUCUUUUUUUAUUUUCAAAUGUAAUGAAUGAACAGAAAUAUAAUACCAGACACAAUUUUAGCUUUUUUCUAAAUGGCAUACUAGCAUACUACAUAUCUUUAGUUCGCGGCAAAAUAGUCAAUUUUUUUUUUGCACAAAAUUGGAUAAAAAUCCCAAAAAGCAUUUUGAAAACAAUCUGAAUAAAUCUGUCGAGGUGUGUCAACAAUAUAGCAUAUAAGCAUACUGCAGACUAUUUUACAUGCUGUUUUUUAAAUAGUAGACCGUAAACAGCGUAUACUAUUUUAAGUAUUGAAUAAGCAGAAUGCUAGCAUUUCAUUCCUAAAUUUAACCUGCGUCUAGAGCUGUGUUAGAAGAAAAACUGGCUAUGUGGCAAAUCCUAGCGUCUGAAAUGUUUAUUAUUGAAUCUUAUUAAUCCAGACUGUUUCACACACAAUUUUAAAACGAUAGUAGGCAUUAUACAGUAUAUGCAGUACGCAAAGCGCUAAUAUUCCAUCCUGAACGCAGCCAGAAUCUCAGUGUUGUAUUUUCUAAUAUCACAGCUCGCAUAAAACACAUGCGCUCGCAUUUCUGGUCUUUCCGAGAUCUACUUUGCAAUAAAUCGACUUCCUGUAUGAGACUGUACCUGCAUGGCUGUUAGGAACGCAGCAGGAAGCGCAGUGUAGUCUUACCUGAAAAAACACAUCUCUUCUGCUUCUCGUGUACCUUGUGUGUGUUUUUGGUAAGAAAAUCCCAGUGGAAUCUUUUAAAAGGGUGUGAUUCUUGUUUCAUUUCCUGUUUGCGUUCUGUAGAAUAACGUGUGGCACUUAAAAGAUGAGAACCGACUGUUGUGACUUUAGAUCUGGACUGCAUUGUGUCAUAGUGCCUUAUUCUGACUCCUGCAGUAGCUCAGUGUGUACAAGUUGCUCUUUUAUGCUGCUUAAGGACCAGAUUUCACUGGAAUUUAAUGUUAAGGUGUUUCGGAUCAGCAGCAGAGCUCCGUCUACCAAUACUGAGCAUGUAUAAGCAUCGCCCGUCUUUAAAUGAGGGAAAGCAGAUGUCCUUGGUCCUGUUCGAACUAGCUUUGGAUGUGUACAGCAUUGUUUCCAGUCUAAUCAGAGUAAUGGCGACUAAAUAAGACGUCCAUUUGGGCGGCCGUUUGAUUCUGUUCUGCAAUAUUGUACCUACUGAGGCCUAAAGAUGCACUUGCCUUGGCAGGCCGCUAUACUGCCGCACGAUGAACUAUUUCGACCUUUAGAUGUGUAGCUUCACUACAAAGUAACAAACCACGAGUAGGAAAAGGAAGGAUGGGAUUGUUUCUGUCAGCACUGACUGCUUUCAGCUUGUCCACGUGAAGUAGAAUAUUAAAGUGUCCCAAAAAAGAACAAGGUUAUCUUGCUUUUCAUUUUAGUAAACCACUAUGUAUGAAGUUGUUGUUUUUUUUACUUCGAGUAAUAGCUAUAAUGAAGAUAUUGCAAUAUGUGGUUGAACAUGUGGUGUCUUUCAGUGAAGCCGAAGAAAACAGCAAGAACCAUCGCCUUCUUUUGAACUAGAGUUAGGGCUGUCUUUAAUCAACUGACAUAGUCACAUUAAUAAUGAUGAUAAUAAUGAACAUUCAAAUGCUGUAUGUAUAAUAUUUAUCUGGUCACGAAAGUAUUUUUUGUAUUGCCCUGAAAAUAAAGAGUUUCAACAAAG